GGCAACCAUGGGCCUACAAUCCUGAGACUGUUGAGAUGCCGCUUCCUGCGGUGAAGCUACCAGCGCAGACUCGCCCAAAGAAAUCCAUGAGAGCGUAUAGCCUUUACACAUUCUAAUAUGCAAGACGACAAUCCACGCAAAAUACCCACCGAUGGGACGGGAUCGUCGAAUUCUCCACUAGACUCGUUACUGUCUCCCAAAGAUCCUGCAUUUGCCACGUUACCCUCAAGGGAAUCGCUUGCUGAAUCUAGUUUCAACGAAGUAAACCUGGAAGACGACUCACGAUUUUCUACAGUACCGCUGUCCGGCCACAACAGCUUACUUUCUGUUUCUUCUGACCAGUCUGCCUUAUCUAAGGCUGAGCGUCGGACUACGAUCCAUGCAGCUUUCGCUAACACCAUACCGCCUUCGCGGCCCAAACAUGCUGCUCACAAAAAAUCAGCUUCCAGUGUUAUUUUCCGACCGUCAUCCACAAGCCUGCCCUUUGUUUUGUCUCGUCUGGGGAUACAGAAGGGUGAAGACGAAAGUGACUUGGGCAGUCCGAAAUUCAACUCUGAUGGUCAACAUAAAUUACACGAGGAGUUCCUUCGUUUACACAAUGAACGUCGGAAACAAGUAGAAGCUGAGGUAGAUAGCGUUAUCGAUUGGGAUUUCUGGGGAAGUGUAAUAUCAGACUAUCAAAAGUUCGCGGCGGAUAAUCCGGAAAGUCUAGCCAAAGCUAUAGAGAAGGGUAUCCCCGAUACUUUGCGUGGAAUGAUGUGGCAGUUAAUGGCAGCAUCUAAAGACACGGAGCUCGAGGAUACAUACCUGAAACUGCUGAAAGAGACCAGUCCUCACGAGAAAGCAAUAACGCGUGAUCUGGGAAGAACUUUCCCUCACCAUGAGUUCUUCACAGAUGGACAAGGCAUUGGUCAAGAAAAUCUAUUUAAUGUUCUCAAAGCAUAUUCAUUGUACGAUACGCAAGUAGGCUAUUGUCAAGGGUUGCCAUUUGUUGUAGCAAUUCUCCUCCUGAACAUGCCGGACGAGGAAGCAUUUUCACUUCUGGUGCGGUUAAUGCAUUCGUAUGACCUUAGAGGUCAUUUCCUACCUGAAAUGCCAAAAUUACAACUACGUUUAUUCGAUCGCUUGGUCGAGGAACUACUCCCUGUAUUGCAUGUACACUUCCUGCGGCAAGGGAUCAAGUCUAGUAUGUUUGCUUCUCAGUGGUUUCUUACACUUUUCAGCUAUCGCUUUCCUCUGGACAUUGUAUUCCGAAUAUACGACAAUUGUCUUGCCAGCGGUAUCGAAGCUAUCUUCGCAUUCAGUAUAGUAUUACUGCACAAAAAUGAAGAAGCACUUCUGCAACUUAAAUUUGACGAUAUUCUGACCUUCCUGAAGGCGCGCGUGUUCGACAAAUACAAGAUAGAGUCAACGGAUUCGAGUACACUCGAAGCACAAGAUGACAAACACACUAAGUAUAGAGUAGAUGAAUUUGUACAGGACGCUAUAUCUUUGAAAGUUACCCCUUUCAUGCUAGAUGCAUAUUCUCAUGAAUAUGAGGAUCAUGUUCGCACUCGCGAGGCCCAUGCAAUCGAGGUGGACACGUUGCGGAAUCAUAAUCGCAAUUUAUCAGCCCAAGUGAAACAUUUAGAGAAUGAUCUCGCGCAGCUGAAUACUGAGCAUGUCGAACUUUUGAAUGAACUCGUCAUGGCUCGUCUACGGAACGAAGAGAUGGAAAGUGAGCUAGUGCGAUACAAGCUACUUUAUGCAGAAGCAAUGCAUGAAAAUGAAGACGCAAUGUCCUGCAAUCGUCGCUCCGCCUCUACUUUCUUAAGCAAGAGAGGAAGUAGCUGACUUUGGUUCGCAUGAACAUACAUUUAUAGCAGGUUCUCAAUAGCAUUUAUCGAACCUCCCGAAAUUCACAUUCAACCCGCACCAUUAUCGCACAUUGUAAACGAGACACUGCUUGGAUUUGAGUCAAA